AUGGAACUCCUAUGGAUAGCCGGAGUUGUGUUGGAAGUUGGAAACAUGUGGUUCUGUUUACAAGUGAUCUGUGCACCUCUUCUUCUAAACCAAAAUACCUAUUCUUCAACAGUUAUAGAGGAAGAUAAGAUUUUUGUGCUAUCUUUGAAGAGAAAAUUCAGAAAACUGUCUUUUCAAGAUACUUCCAGUAAGUUGGAGUUUCUAGAGUUUGCUUGCUUGUUGAUAAAAAGUUGGAGUUUUCUGUGGGAAAAUCCUAGAAUUAUAGGAGUGGAAGAAGCUGGUCAGAUGAAUAAGAAAGGUGCAUCUAGCUCAGUGGUAGGAACAAAGGAAGAUAUUCUUUUUCUUAUGAAGCGCAAGCAUAUUAGAGAUAAUGGUGUUAGAAUUGACAGGUAUGGAAAGGUAUUGGCCAGUUACUUUAGAGAUUUAAGGACAAGAUUGUUGAGAACUAUAGCUCUUUCAGAACAUGAGCGUCGAGAUAAAAAGCAGUGUUACUGCCACAAUUGUCAGAAGAAACGAAGUCGUUUGCAAGCACGAGAACCAUGGAGGAGAGCCAAACAAAGGCUGAUAAAGUUUCUCUUGAUCUUGGGGUGGAUAGCCCUAUUAGCUACAGCUUACAAGGUGGCUAACUUGCAACAUGAUUAUGUUGCAUGGGAUCCUUUUGAAAUUCUUCAGAUUGAUCCAGCUUCUUCCACAGCAGAGAUUAAGAAAGCCUAUAGAAAGUUAAGUUUAAAGUUUCACCCAGAUAAGGAGGGAGGAGACGAGAAAAAGUUCAUGAUGAUUGCCAAAGCUUAUGCAGCGUUAACUGAUGAUGAGGCCAGGAAGAAUUGGGAAAUGUAUGGUAAUCCAGAUGGUCCUGGUGCUACUUCAUUUGGAAUAGCUUUACCAUCAUGGAUUGUAGAAAAAGAGAAUUCUAUCUGGGUUUUAGGACUGUAUGCUUUGGUAUUUAUGGUGGCCCUUCCUGUCUCAGUGGGUAUUUGGUGGUACCGGUCCAUGAAAUUUGGUGGUGACCAAGUAUUACUAGAUACCACUCAGCUCUAUUUCUAUUUUAUUCACAAAAGUCCUCAAAUGAUUCUGAAACGUGUUUUAAUGGUCUUAGCUGCUUCUUUAGAAUUUGCAAGGACACAUAAUAGUGAAAUAGUGGAAAGACCUAGUGAUAAUAUUGAAGUUCCCAAGCUUAUAAAAGAAUUGCCAAGCCUUGGUGAGAAGAACAAAGAACCACCACUUAGUUUUAGCUACAGUAUCAAGGCUAGAGCACUACUUCAUUCCCAUUUAAGUCGUCUUGAUCUUCCACCAACAUUAGAAGAAGAUAAACUUUACAUUGUGAAAAAGUGUCCGUACUUACUACAGGAGUUUGUCCAAUGUGUUGCUCAGCUCACCAUGUUAGCCAUGGCUGGUAGAGUACCUAGAAAACCAAAACUUGAAACUGUAGAAAAUGCCAUGAAAUUGUGUCCAAUGAUUGUUCAAGCUAUGUGGGACAAUAAACGCUCCUUGCUUCAGCUUCCUCACAUUACGGAAGAAGUUAUUAACCGUCAUUUUACAACACGAAAGCGUAACAUUCGCAAUAUUAUUCAACUAGCAGAGAUGAAAUCUGAUGAGAGGCGGGCUCUUCUACGAGGGCUGUCUGAUAAUGAGUAUGCUGAUGUGAUGAAUGUUUUAACUAAAUUUCCUGUGCUUGAUGUUGAUGUAAGAUCUGAAGUAUUAGAUGAUGAAGACUUGGGUACAAUUACGGCUGGAGCCCUUGUUACUGUUACCGUGUCCUUGACUCGUCAUGAUUUGGAUGAAUUCAUGAAUCAGGAAAGUGACAUAAAUAAUGUUGAAGACCAGCAAGAAGAAGAAGAGGACAACAAAAGCCAAACUGGAAACUCUGAACAGUGUGUCCAAGAACGGAAGCCGAAAGUUUGGGAAAAACAAAAGAAGAAGAAAGGAAAGGGGGGAAAGAGUAAAAAAAAGGGAGGAAGCACUAAACCAGUAACAAGUCAGCAGCAGAAAAAAAUUACAGUACCACAACAACAGAAUUGCACUGACCAGAAAACACCUAAUAUGAACAAAACCAAAGAAGAAAAGUGUAAUAAAAAGUCCAGAGCUUCUGAUGAAAGUAAAGAGUCUGACACAGAAUCUGAUGUUGGCAGUAGUCAUUCCGAAUCUGUUGCUAGUGAAGAUCGAGACAUUAAGCAGCCAGAAGCUAAUGGCAAAGAAGUGGAAGAUGAUGAUGAAGACUGGGAUAAAUUCCAGAAAAAAAUCUUCAAAAAAGAUAAAGUAUUAGAGUCCAAGUCCAAGAUCUCACAUAGUGUCCAUUGUCCUUUCUUUUCAGAGGACAAACAGGAGUAUUGGUGGAUUUACAUUGCAGAUAAGAAACAGCAUGAUCUCCUUACUGUCCCCUGCCUUAUGACCAACCUUGUGCUAAAUGAAGAGGUGGAGUUGAAGUUCACAGCACCUUCAAAACCUGGGGUAUACACAUAUGCAGUCAUUGUCCGGAGUGAUUCUUACCUCGAGUCAGAAUAUACAAAGAUAAUUAAGCUGGAUGUCAAGGAAGCAAAAGAAGUGGAUAUCAGUAAAAUCCAGUGGGAUAUCUCUGAAGAAGAGGAAGAGAAAGAGGACGAUGAAAGUGCAAUCGAAGACUCUGAUCUUGCUUCAGAGGAUGAAGAGAGUGAUUAAUAAAGAACCGAACGUUCACUGACAACAAUUUCCACACAACAAGAUGUGAAGUACAGAUAAAACAGUUCAAGCAGGUUAUGACUGUGUUAAACAAUUAACUGAAGUUUUCAGUUUCCCUAGUUCAAUAUCUCAACUGAGAAUGAUUCAGUAGUACUGUAGCUUGUCAUUCUAUUUUCUUACAUGUUAAUAAUCUGUUGGAAAUGUAUUAUCUAAGUAAAAAAAUCUUAAUUUCAGUGAUGAUGUUUGAACUUUUAAGCUUCCUGUCUUAAGUUUUUUUCUAUGAUGCUUUUGCUUUCUUAAUACUUACUGGCCCGUGUUCACACAACUCAUUUUUCUUAAGUGAUUUACAAUAAUUAUUAUUUCAUUUUGCUUUCUAUAUGAUUGCAUUAUAACUUAAUAUUAUUGAAAGAUGUGCUAAGAAGGGUUCAGUGUAAUAAAGUAAACAAGUACAUUUCACAGUUAAGCUACCGAACUUAAGGAAUGAAAUUUUUUAAAACCUGUAUUGUUGUGCAGUAGUUUCAUCUUUUGGAGAGGUGCUACUUUUCAGUUUAAUCCAUACUAUUCAGUCUUUAUGAUCUGCAACAGCAUUGUUUACUUGGUGUGUGACAUCAUAAUUCCGAAACAAUGCUCUUUAAGUUAAGUAUUCAAAGUUCUAAUUUUUGGAAGUUGUUUGCAUAAUUUCGUUACAUCUCAUAAAUUGUUUUUCUUUUUGCAAUACAAAAUUUACUUAUUGAGAUUUAAAGUAUUCUUAACAUAUUUUAAGUAACUUGUUAUUGGAAAACGAUUUUUAAUAAAAUAGAUUAAAUAGCAUAGUUGAAGUUUUAAAAUUUAAAAUAACAUCUUGAUCUACCAGCACUUUUGUGAUGUGUUGGUAGGCAAACUUUGUCAGCCCUUUCAAGAAGUAAAAAAAAAAUAUAUAUAUAAUUGUGGUGUUUUAAGGCUUAUCACAUUUUGGGUUUUGCACAUUUCUUUCUUUUACUAAAAGCUGUUGAAAUCUGAGUCCUCAUGAUUUUUUCGCUUACAGUAUUGAAGGGAAGCCAUAGUAUUAUCAGUGAAAGUGAUACAGCAUUUUAUAUGACUCCAUUUUCAUGAAGAAUUACAAGAUGAGAAGGGAUAAUGAUGAUAAAAAUUUUAAGUAAUUUGUUGCAGGCAAAGGUUAAAAUUGCAAACCCCCCCUGUACACUUUGAUUUAUAUAUUUAAUAUUUUUUGUCAUUAAUGUUUUAGUAUGAAUACUAUAAAAAAUAACAAAGUUUUAUAUAUUUUAUAUGGCUUCUAUAUUUCAACUCUUUGUUUGCAUAUGAAAUACUAAUUUUUUUGCUGAAAAAAAAAGUGGAUGAAGUUUUAACGUGGAAUUUUUGAAAGAUGAUAUCUAGUAAAACCCAAUUAGAUUUUGUGGUGGUGGUUUGGUAAUGAAGCUUUGUAGUGACAAAGUCCUCAUGAAUUUUUAAAUAUACAUAAUUGGAUAUAUAUAGUAAAGAGCAAAAGGAUAUUAAGUUAUAGUCAAAUUCUUAAACAUUUUGUGCACAAACAAAUUACAUAGGAAACAUUAAAUGAGACAAAAUAUAAUUUUUAUACACAGUACAGUACUAAUUACUGCACUUUUAUUUUAAGGCUUUUAUAUGAAUGAUAAAUUGUUUAAAGAAACAUGACGAGUUGGCUUUUGUAAUAGUUUUUUUAUAGAACAUAUCCAAGAUGAUAUCCCUAUUGUUAUUUCAAAAGUUUUUGAAAAUUCUGCACUACAACUUAACUGUGCUUACAACAAGAUUAAAAGGUGUAUAACUUGUGUUUAAAGUAAUGUGUACAUAAAACUAAUUAAGAGGUGGGAAAAAAACAACUUUUAAUAUGUUACCUGGAACUGUGACUUGAUCUUCUAACCUGUGGUGCUCACAAUUUUAUGAUGAUAAUACUGUACAGUACCUGACAAAAAGUCAAUUAGUGUAUAACAAAAACUCUUCCAGCCAAUCUUUCACUGCUAUAUGAGAACAAGCACAAUUAAUGAAUAAGAGAUAGAAGCUGUUAUGUUGCUACGUCUUGAAUAUUAAAAUAACACACCAGCGAUUUCUGUUUAGUUCAUACUGUGUCCAUUAUUAAUAAAGGCAAUGCAGAUUAAUGAAUUAUAUAAGCUUUAAUGUAUUACAGUUUUGAGAAAGAAAUCAAACAGAUGCAAAUAUAUUAGAGAAGAUAAGGUUAUGAAGUGAGAUGAUAAGCAAUACUCAUAAUAAACCAAAACUCUAUAUCCUGAGUUCUUGAAUAAAACAUCCUGUAAACAAGUUGCAUGCAUUCUUAGAAUUCAUCUCAAAGUAAUAUUCCAGUUUGAAUUUGAAUAUAAUAAAAAUAGUGUUUCAGAACUGGACAUUUCUAGAGGUAGCUGAAAUGACGCAUUUCUUAUGAUUAGAAUUACAAAUCAAAAUAAUCAGGUUAUUUGUUUACCAAAUAAUUAAAGGAUUUGUUACAUUUCUAAAAGAAAUUUCCUAAUUCAUAUUUAUCAAAUUAUUAACACUUAAAGAAUUCACUCUAGAAUUAGUCUGGAAUAAAGCUGAAAGCAGUUAAUCCCAAAAUUGCUUAGCACAGCUGAGAAUUUGCCGUUGUUUACCUGACAUGUAGAAAAAGGGAGUUUUUUUAUGUGAAUAAAGUUGUAUUUAAUGUGUUAGCUUACAUUAUGAUCAAAGCUUGACUACUGCUUAAGCUUCUAUAAUCAGACAGUUCAAUCUCUAUGGUGUUAAGUUUUCAACUGUAAUAUUUCAGAAUUCAACCAGACUCGCGAGAAGCUAGGACACACUGAAAAUAAAACCAAUGAAUGCUCUUCUGACAGAAAACUAGUGUACAUUCUCCAAGUGGCUAUGAUGUUGUCAUUUCAUAUAAAAGUGGAAAAUUAUUCAAGGAGGUUUUUAGAGCAAAAUAAAGAAAUUAAAAAACAAAAACAACUGCAGACAAAAAUUGUUGGAAACUACAUUUACAGUACUUUUAAGAUUUAACCAUCAGAAAUAUAGAAGAAGAAAAAAGGAAAUUGUGUGAAAAUCUAUUGCCUUGCAACAUUCCAUGUAGAAUAUCUAAGUUGUGAUAUCUGUUUGUGAGAAGUCAAGGUACCUACCAGACAGAUCUAUGAGGCUGUGGAUGGCCUAUGAUCAUGACAUGAUCUAUAUUUUGAGCCAAUUGAUUAAUUGUUCAGAUGGUUUCUCUUCGGAGCCAUGACAUAAAUAAAAAUCAAAGCUUUGAUAAAA